CUAAUCUGUCCAUGUAAAGUGGAAAGAAGAACUAUAUCAAAUUUAGAAGAUGGAAUCUAACACUGAUGUCCUGCAGACACAGUUUACAUGUCGCCUGUGUGGUCUGUCUACCCCCUUCACGUACUACGGACAGAAACCACCGAACACCAGAUCUAUAAUAUUGCUGGAAGAGUGCUAUGUGACUAAAGACCCGUUCAGCCCAGACAGGGAGAGGUUCCUGGUGUUGGGGUCUCACUGCAGCAGCUGCAACUCUCCUGUCUGUGUUGGAAGUGACUGCAGCCUGUUCUACACCAGGAGGUUCUGUCUGGCCUGUGUGAGUCAGAACCAGAGCCAGUUGCCUCCACAGAUCCAGGUUGAGCUGAGCAAGAAGAAAUCCAGAAGCACAAUUCCCCAGACAGCUCUGUCCUGACCCAUAUACCGGUUCUUACCCACACCCCCCCCUCCUCGUCCAGAACCCCCUCCCCUCGUCCAGACAGCCCUGUCCUUACCUCUCUCGUCCAAUCAAAGACUGCAUCAAGUCAAAAGGUUCAACACAGAUUUUGCUUUUCCAGUUGACCCUUGACCUUUCUGCAACUAGACCAAGACUACCCUGAGGGGAGGACAGAGACCAGGAAGUGACAUGUUGCGGUGACAGGGCAGCUGUGGAACACUGAAAUGAUCUGAAAUUUAUAAUAAAUGUAACAUAUCUUAAAAUUCAAAUAAACAAUGUAGUAUGUUUUACAAUA